UGACGUGUCAAAUAUUUAUGGUAAAUUGAACAGCUCUGAUGCAUCCUGAUGACUAACUCUAUCCCAGGUUAAAUAGUUUAGUACUUGAGGUUCUGCCCAAGUUUCAAUUGGGAUAAAUUGUUAACACAGAUUCGGAAACCCCAAGGCGUGAUAAUUUGAGGCUCGAUUUUGUACCGCAUCAUCGAUCGAAAUCACCUUACAGCAACGAGGAGAACGGCAACUGAUAUAACAGGACUAGGCAAAUGCUCGAAAUUCAUCGUGGAUUAUUACCAAAAUUCCUGGCAUCCUUGCCUACAACGCUUGUUGACUUGCACGUACGUGAUUCGUCGCGAGUCGCGCCAGGAAUUUCGGUCACUAUUAUAUUAUUGCGUUCUGACCAGCUGUCCGUUUCCUUGUUUCGUGCCUUCGAAUUUCAACCACGUGGCUGAUCUUUCUGUUGACCCGUGUCGAUUAUAAAUUAAACUGUCCGAAUCGACUUUACCGUAUAGCACAUUGCAGAAAUACAGCAACUCUCCAAAAAGUAAUUAUAUCCCAAUUGUUUUCUAAAUUCUUCCUCGAAAUUAGUAUCUAAUGAUGCAACCCAAAUGAUUUUGGCCUCGGUUUAUUUCAAUACUCCUGUAUUAAUCACGUGCCAACAGUGACGAAAGAGAAGCUCGUCUGCCAGAGGCAAAAUAAAAAGGUGAAAGGAAAACUUUGAUUCAUGUCGCGACAGUAGAAUACGAGCCAAUUUCGCUGGCAGGGCUAAUAAGGGCAAUUCAUCGCCUUUCUCGUGCUUAUCAAACAAACGUAACACUAUUGUCAGUGUUCCGCGAGUUUAAUACAAAAUCCGGGUGCAGGAAUGUUCAUAGCUUUUGUGCUUUUCUUUGAUUGAUGAAACGUGUUCCGUGGUGUUGUUUCAUUUUUGACAUAAAAAUUAACGAUGCGACACUUUGUCUUCUAUUAAUUAUCAAUUGCCUAUUUUAAAUUCGUGUUGUCUAUAUUAAAUAUACUUUACAAAUAAAAAUUAUCGAUAUUAGCAACUGAAGGGUUCUGAAAGUUCGAUCCACGUAAACGCGCUCUACUUACCAGCCUCUUGUCUGACCAUUCCGCUCCUAUACUACUGAAAUCCGGAACAGCGGUACUAAUAGACCGUAAAGAGGUGGUCGCGGUACCGAGAAAUAGUAUUGAUCAGUUCUAACAAGUUCGAAAUACAUAUUGUUCGAGUACCAUGGUGAAACACGGGUGCUGGAAUUGCAGGAACCAUAAAACCAUGCGUAAACAAGCGACCGAGUAAUAAAGUCGGUAAGGGAAAAAGCAAAGAGAGUAGAGUUAAAAAGCUUGCAGAAUAAACGACAAACACGGUGUUUGUUUCUCGCGAUACGAUUGCCUCGCAGACGAGCUAUUUUGCACUCUGGUGAACCUGGUAAAUUCUUCGAGAACAUCGUCAGACACGCGAACAAACAAGAUCCUGGUAACUGUUUAAUAGAACACGGGGCAAAGGAGGCCACGGUGAUCCUGUCCUCUCCAAAUAUUAUCCCCGAACGUUGAAGGGAUGAAUAAACAGACGGAAGCUAGAGUACAUCUCAUUAGCCUAGUUUAUUUGAAAACACGUUACGACAUUUAUUGAGAUCGAGAGAAGCAAGAGUGCCAUUCAACUCGUACGAUCUUCUUUCGCGUUUCUUUCAGCAGUUUUUGAGAUUCGUUUCAGCGAGUAUUAACUUUCGAUUCAAAGACUGGUUGCUUCUAAUUACGAAGCUCUAAUUGCUGUUUUAUUUUCCUAUGCUGGUCGUCUUAUCAUCCCCGAAACUAUCUUUAAAAUUUUUUUUUCAUGAAUAGUGUAGUAAUGGCAAGGUAGGAAAAGAAUGAAAACAAUAUUCCGUGUAACAAUCUGACAUUAAUAAAGAAACAAACCUGGCUGGUUCGAGGGUGCUCGAAGUGCACUUCACUUUCAAUACGACCACAUCCACAACGUGAGAUGGUUCGUUACGACAUUGUUGAAAGUGCAACGUCCUGUAGACUUGUUUUGAUCGAUUUCAGUAUGGCUUGUCGUUAGAGGCUAAAUGCUUCUUAGGCACUCGAUUCUCGAGUGCUAAGGAGCGACGACUAGCUCUUCACAAAGUCUAAAAUGUUGGUGCAAUAUUCUAGCGUUGAUGAUUCUGAUUGCUCUAAGUUGUCGAGAUAAAGAUUUUAUUAAAGUAAAUUAAGUAAUUAGGUAAUUUGAUAAUUUUUAAAUGAAUUUUGCUAUGGUGACAUCAUGUUCUUUCUUAUGAAUGACAGAAAAGUCAUAUGUGAAAUUUUAAUUAUGUUGGUAAUUUUGCUCCAUUUCCGGCACGACUCGUUUCUCACACGUGAUUAUAAAUGCAAACGUAACAGAACGUGGCAGAGUGUGAUAAUCUCGAGAGAGUAUCAUCUCUCUUAAUGGAUCUUACACUAUUUAUCCUCUGGUGAGCGACAAUAGCCAACGCGAGCAAUCGUUAUAAUCGAUCAACUGUUCAUCAGCGAGCGGAAAUGGACAUAGCAACGCGUUUGCACGAUUGAUACGAUUGGCGUUUUGGCCACGUUUAACCACACGAAAUAAUCCUGCAAGUUGGAAAAUUGGUCAUUCCCGGAAAAUCGUAUUAUUUGUGAUCAUUCGUGUAUCAGAAUCGAAAUUCUAUUAACCAUGAAAGAUUUUUCUUUUAUUCGAAAGUUAUUCGAAUAAUGCCUAAUUACGGAGGAAUUCUCUAGAUGAACUGUCAACAUUCCUUGAGAAUUAACUAGGGGGAUCGAUUAACAGUGCCGGACAAACUCCUGUAAUUUCUCCAGGUCGCCUCGAACAUCGCUUGGCCUAAUCUCGUUCCAGCGAUUUACAACUGUUCCAAACUUCGGCUGGACCGGUUCUUAUUGGUUUCUGUGCCGUAGCUCCAGGGCUGCAUCAGCAGCGGGUCAUUAGAGAAACCCUGGAGGGUGCAUUCACGUCCUAGAGAACUUCCUUUCUCUCAAACUGUGCAACUGAUUCUGAUUCUCUAUAAAGGAUAUCCUAUUAUCAAAGCUAAACUAGAUAUCUUACAGAGCCUAUUAGAAAGUCAUCAUUAGAACCCAGUAAACAAAAUUUCAUCCUAAUAAUUAUUCCUCAUAUUCUCUCAGCAUUUUAUGGUUUCUCGAUCAAUUCUCUGCAGUAUAUUACGUAAAUUAACAACAAAUCGUAGGCACCGAUAAAUACGUCGUGAUACGACCUUAAACCGUAGGACGUCUAUUAAAAUUCCCUGGCUAAUUUCCAGAAUCAACUGGAUUGAACUUACCCCGUUGUAAACCGACACAAAUAGCGACUGAACAUAAACCGAAAUUUCACGACCUUCUAAAUUUUCCUGGAGUCAAAUAACCGAUUGGAUUCGUUGUGAAAGUAGACAGCAACGUGCUGUGGUGAAGGUAUGAAUCAUUUUGAAUGGUCGCGACUGGAGUGGAAUCAUCCGAACCACGAUUACUUUCUACGAAAUCGUGGAACUUCCUAAAGCAAUAAAGUUUCAAGAAGCGUCUCUAACGUGUUACGAAAACGCGGACACACUCCUUGUCACCUUUUUAUAAAACUAAGAGGUUUCCUUCAGGGUUCAGUCCAUUUUAAGUAGUACAAACUGGUUUUCGUCAGCCAUGGGAAAAUAUUUUCUAUUUUGCAUAAGUACGUUAGGUAAAUCUAUUCUAUUUAUUAUGUUGAUGCCUAAAAGAAUGGCAUUAUGAGACUCCUGGCAGCACCAGGCCCUUAAUGACAUAGCCAUCGGCAUAGAAGGGUUAAAGAUGACUGAUAGAAAAGAGAGAGACAGAGGGGUGCAAACGUGUAUAAACGUAAGAUGGAAAGGCAAAGAACAGGAAAGCGUAGGAGAAGGUGAGGCUCCGGGUGCACAGGGGACGCCCUGGGCGCCUGGCUUGAGCGUCGUUGGCGGCGUCGUUGACGGUGGCGGCGGUCGAUGCCACCAGAUGCCACUGUGGCGCUGUCGUCGCUCGAAAAUAAGCUCGCCCAAAAGCUCCACCGACUGCAGUAGCCCGGCAUCCGUCGGCGCCGCGGCCAGCACGAAAAUUUCCCGCGAUUCAUUCCACCGUGUCGCGUUUUAGGUUCGAUGGAAGCUCGAGGUUGACGGUGAAUAACCGACACCGUUCUAACGAUAAUAAAAAACGAAGAGAAAGAAAAAAAAUUAAAAAAGAAACAACGUCAACCAUGAGGUGGCAGCCACGACCAGUGGACUGAGAAGUCUAAGAAAAAGCUGGCCCGCUCUGACUUGACGGAAAACAGAGUGGGUCCUUUCUGGUUCGAUCAGAUGUGCACGGUGGACAGUGUGAUAUAGUGCGGCGAAGUAGGCGACGAAGAGCACGGGGAGAGAGAAAAAGGCCAGUCUGAGCAGGGAACGCGGGAAGAGGAGGAGGUGGGACAGGAUGCGGGGGCACAGGAAGAGGGCGCAGAGCCCCGACGAUUUCUCUUCUUCUUCAUAGGGGAUCGUAUCGCCUCAUCGACGUCCAACGUGACGACGAGCAGCGAGCACGCCGAGGACGACGACGACGUCCACUUAGGUUCACAUCCCUGAAACGAGCACUGCCGUUUUGUUCUCCGAGAUGGCGGAGGAAAAGGAGAAGCAGACGUUCCUGCAAAAGCUGCUGUUCUACACGACCGCGUUCUUCAUCCUCCUCAGCACCUUCAGCCUCUUUGCCUUCCUUUUCUUGGUCCCCUUCGUCAUCGACCCCGCCUUCACCACUAUCUUCAUGCAGUUUGACACUCGGCCAGCCGAGUGUAUCACCAUCGACGUUGAGUCCAGGAGAGGUACGAGCAACUGCUCAUGGACGUCCUGUAGAGAGGGUUGCACCAAGGAGCUGUACGAUUGCACGCAAAUACGCGUCAAUUACAAGCUACCAAUUAACGCGUCCGAGGAUAGCGAUGAACAAGGUGAGGAAGGCGGGGCGGUAGGAGGUGUCGAGGAUGACGAAGACAGCACGACGAUGGGCAAACCGCGUUACGAGCGUUCCCUCAGGGAGUAUGACUACGUGGAGGACCUCGACGAGGAUUUCGCCGAGGACGACGAAGAUGGACUGCCGAAACCCUUUCCUACAGGGCUCAUGGGCAACGACUCCGAGUGGUACUUCACCGGGGCCAAGCUGUUCCCCAACGUAAAAGGCUGUGGAUACCCUCCAAUGCUGAAUUGCAGUAUUUUCUACCGGCAGUACGCCAACAUAGGGCAGAACUUUAGCUGUUACUACUCGAAAGUGGACCCCGGGAUAGUCAUCAGCGACCUCGACAUGUGGCAGGUGUACAUGAAUCUGGUGUACGCGAUGGCGAUUCCGAUACCGUCUUUCAUAAUCUCGGUGAUAUACCUCACCAUCGCCUACUUCAAGAUUUACAACGAAGAAGAGGUGGCCCUCGUGGGUGACGAAGAGGACAAAGACGGCGUACAGGGUGAAGGAAGUAACGCGACACCCGUAGCAUUGACGAGUGGCGCCCUUACACCUGGUAGCGACGCUUUCAGGGAAGGCCUAGCUAGCUUUGGGCACCACAUGCAGGUCGCCAUGGCCGAUGACAACAGCAGGGAAAGCCUGGAUGCGAUACCCAACUCGUACUCCAUUCAGGGAAACUUGAGCAAGACGAUGACGACGAGUAUCUCGACUCCCCCUGGGCCGACGGCAGCAGUCUGAAGCGGCACUUUCAAGGUCUGAACAACAUCUCCUGGAAACCGCACUAAGCGACCCAACAACGGGGACGAAGAGAGAACCUCAUCGACGUAGCUGAUUAAAAAUGACCGACCUCGAACAGCCGAUAUUCUCUCAGCAGACUACCAAACAUGCCGAAGAAAAUAAAGUUUAAUAGCGCUUAAUGACGGAUUACGAUUCCACGAAGUGAACCAGAGUUGCACGAUGCUCAACUUCUCUCGAAGCGAUCGUACGAUUUCAUUUUUCAAAGGGUUACAAAUCGGUUCUACCACCGACAAAGACUUAGUAAUUCCACCUCCCCUGUAACCAGUAUACGAUUCGAAGCUUGCGAAAUGUAAUCCAUGCAAGCGUGUAUAUUGUUAGAGAGCUUAAUAUGUCGAGCAUAUUACGAUAACGAGGUUAAUUAGCCAGUCCGCUGCAAAAGCCAUGUUUUUGUUUCGAUACUGGACCAAUUUAGUAUAGUUGGUUUUGCACAGAAUGCAAGGAGAAAUGUUGCCUCGAGGACUUUCCCUAAUUUUCCUCAAACGAUUUUCUACUUCUCGAUUCAUUGAGCCUCAAGUUUUCCGAAUAAGCUCCAAUAUAGAAAUAAAUAUAGCUCAGUGGUAGAACGUGAUUUUGAGAUACCCGUGUCAGGACAAAAUAGGCGUCCACGAUUAUCUUUGCUGGAUGGAAGUUAGGGUGAUCCAGAGUGCUGGUUCGACAACGCUUGAACACUCCAUUACGCUGUCGUAUAACUGUCCCCACACUGUACGCGAUAAUUAUUAUCCGAUAGAGAUAUAACGAUAUUUUGUGACGGACUUUUUUCUACUCGAUAACCGCCCGUGCGCGCGAGCGCCACCUCUCAACUAUCUCCGUCGAUCGAUUAAUCCUUUGGCGACCCAGUGUUUUUCCCGAUCGAUCUUUGCGAUUGGUGUCGAAUGGAAAGUAUCGGCUGUUUGGCCAGGAUCCAGCGAGGAAAUAUUAUAUUUGGCCGGCACCUUUGGAGGCUCGUAAAAAAAAAGGGGGGGUGCUUCCGAAACAUCGCCAACAAAUUUACAAGAUACUCGAUGCAAACGAAAAGAUACUUGGAUCCUUUUCUGAAUUAUUCAACCCCUUCUCGAGGGGUUUAACCCGUUUUUCUAUUCGUAAAGGAUUCUUGCAUCGUGGUUAUUGAGAUUCUUCAUAGACAAUGGGUGGUAGUCUUGUAAGUGCUUUCCAACGAUGAAGCUUCAUUCUUUUUUCUCUAAUAGGAAGGAAUAAAUUUAUGCGGAAAAUAAUUGUAUUCAAGGUACACAGGUAUUUUAAUGAAAUUUUUUAUUUUUAAUAUAAUGCUUCAAAUUACAGUAUUUGCUUUAUAAAUAAUGUUUGGAGAGCACUGUUGUAAGUGAAACCAUUUGUCUAUUUUGUUAUCUUUGAUUAAUAAACAUAUUGCGAAAAAUUUUCUCGUGUAUCGUUUCGGAAACACCCGGUACAGGAUCGAUUUUCGAUUACGAGGCACAUCGUUUUCUCCAUGCAAUUUGUGUAGCCAUGCUGAGAUGAGUGUCCUCCGGAGUACAAGGUAGAAGGGAACGAGCUAUUUCACGCCUGCACGAUGAACGUCAAUGUCGAUUCGAUCGCUGAGAAAUAAUAUAUAUAGAAACUCUCCUCCUUGUUCGAUAGAAAAAUCGAGCAAGAUAAGCAUUCCUGCCGAUAGCACACACGCUCGCAUAAUUACUCACACGUGUAUGAGAAAAGACUAUUAAUUGCACAAUAAGUUCACUCUGGUUCACUUGUCGAAAGGAAGAAAAUGGCACUGGAAUGAUUCAAGAAGAAAGAAGAUAUAGAAGAAACAGCGAAUACCGCGAGAAAUUGUCGCGUUACUCACGUGGACUAAAGCUUAAUGAGUAAAUUAAUGAAUUUAAGAGUACCGUUACCAGUUAACAAGUAUUAAUAAGUUAAUCUGCUUGCUGUGUGAUCAUGACGCAUCCGAGAAACGCCACUCCACGUGCAUCGUAGAGUACGAUUAUACACUUUGUCGAACACCAACACACAUAUACAUACGUACACACGUCCAUUUCAUUGUUUGGGACACACGCUUCCGGUCAGGUAUAUUUGAGACGAUUGACGGGUAUUCGGGUUAGUAAUAAAUUUCAAAUUGCGCUUUGAAGGACGAUACCAUCUCUUCAUUUGUGGCUUCAUUUAGGAGAGAUAAAGGUGGUAAAAAGUAUAAUUGUUAGGAAUUCAGGUGGUGUUGGAACUUUUAAAAUCAGUAGCCAAUUUGUAUUAUACAUCUGAUUGUUAAUUUGUUAUCAACCUUUGAAUAAUGGGUUGUGAUUUUUAUUUUCUGAGAUUUAAAAUAUUCUUUACAAUAUUAUAAUGAUUUUAGAAGGGAGUUUGAUUAAAAUUUUCCAAUUGAAACUCUUCACUUACUACUUCGUAAAACUAAUAUAAUAUUAAUAGCAUUUAACAAUUUGAUGUAUAUUACAAAUCAGGCCUCUUUGAAUCGCAUUGUAAUACUAGGUGGCAUUAUUUCUAAAGAAUAAGAUUUUGUCAACGAUGAGUCGGGUCAAGUUUGUCGAUAAUGCUAAAUGUAAAAGUCUAUUAAAUAAUGAAUAACACUGUCAUACGCCGCACGCAACAUUCAGAAAUAUAGAAUUCGUGGCGAUCGCGAGGCUCAAGGAAAUUUCACCCCUGCGUGAGGCAGAACAGGGUGCCAGUUGCGCAGAGGGUGAAACAAGUAACAGUGGUUUUUUCGUGGCCACGUUGCUGCGCUUGAAUCGAUACGAGUGGCGCAGGGCAGGCAAACCACCCCUGAGAUCGAUGGCAAAAACUGAUGCCAAAGGAAAUUGGUUUCAUUAGGAAAUUUUAUAACAUGUAUCCCCACUUUGCGGAAACACAAAAUUGCCUACAAUUCAAUUUUUCCUUCCAUCACUGAUAUUUCAUAAGUUUUCAACAGCAACUCUCAAUUUUCUUGAGAGCCUUUGAUCUAAUUUAAAAAAGAAACAAAUAAAUAUAGUACUUCGUCUUUCAUAAAUUACAAAAGGUAUUGAAAUUCGAUUAUGCUUCUUGGAACUAUAUUGCAUAGUGUCAUUGUUACUUCGAAUAUCGAUCAAACAAGUAGACCUUGGUCUCCGAGGUUGGAAAGUAUGAAAAAUUAUUCAAUUUGCAAUCGAUCUCUAAACAAAGGAGCAAAAUAGAACCACGAGAAGCAAUUACUUUGGUGCUUGACCCGAAACCACUUAAACUAUCUGUAUAGGGAAUAAUUUUAACAUUCCAUGAUGCAUUAACAAAUUUCGGAGAAGAGAUUCUCCUUCGACUCGAGAUCCCGUCAUUUUACAAUUUUCACGUACAAAAACUACACUCACACAUACAUAUACACACACAUGGUUUGUAACACAAUUCCACAUGUGUACACAGUUGCACAGAUACACGUAAACCACGUACACUAUGGAAAAAAAUAAUAAUUGAAUUGUUUUUAUGAAUUAAGAACAAGUUGUCUGUGAUCUACAAUAAUUAAAAGAAUAUUUAAUAAGUAUUAACAUAAUAAAUGCAUAAUUGACAUGUCGAGAGUGUCGAACGAAUCGGUUUAGGGAAUAAUACUAAUAAUUAAUAAAGAUAAUUAAAAAAAAAAAGAGGGAGAAAUUGAAAACGAUGGAAAAUGGAAACAGGAUAGAUGAGAAAAUGAUCAAAUAAUAUGUUGGAUAGAAGUCGCGAUAAAGAUAGAGCAAUAUAAAAAAAUGAAAUGGAAAAUGAUAGGUAAAACGAUUAUCGCAUUAACGACGUUGUCGCAAAGGAAUUCUAGAGAAGAGGUAUAUUAUUAUAAAUACAUAUAUAAACAUUAAAUAAUAAAGAAUAGAGAUUUGAAAUGGAGCACGCCACGUUUAAAUAUGUAAUCGCUGUUGUUAAUCAGUAAUAAUUUGCGAUGUUAAAAGGUGAAAGAAUUAAAAAAAAAUGUGCGUGCUGCGUUCGAAGUACCGAUUAAAAUGCAAAAAAAAAAUUAUAUGAAUAAAAUAAAUAUAUAAAUAAAUAAAUAUAUAUAUGGCACUUGACCGUCGCGGCUAAAAAAGUACAUAGGAUAGAUAGAUUUAUAGAAGCGCAAAAAGAUUUAAAAAAAAAAAACACCAAAAAUCGUUCCUUCCACCCGCUCCGGCCGUGUAUUUGAUUAUCGAUUUUAACAAAUAUAUCGCAUCUCAUGUGAAGUCGAAGAAAAGCUCUGCGAACUUGUAAACGCACCUCAGAAUGCAAAUUUAGUAUGAAAUUUUACCGAUGCAAGCUGACAAAAGAUUGAGAGAGAGGGAGAGAACGAGAGAGUGAAAUAAAAAAAUGUAACGAAACAGUGUUUCAUAACAUAUUGGUGAACAGAAGACAGGAUAAAAGAACGAAGAAGGGGAAGAAAAAAUAUAAUAAAAAUAUUAAAAUGCCACAAUCACCGAGUAAUAAGUUGUUCAACGAGCGUUGCGAAAGAUGUUCGAAAUAAUUUUUGUACAGUUUUGGCACACACGAGAACGUGCAACAUCGUCGUCUUUAUAUUUAUGUACAACAUUUAAUUAUUAUAAAUUUUCGAUAUUAUUACAAACUAUGAUCGAUUUCGUGUGAAAGUGUAUAUGGCUUUUUCUGCGGUUAACAAUAAAAUGUUGUCAAAGCUU